AAUGGGUCCCCGUAUAUAAGCCGCCCCGGCGGUAAAAGUUGCAAUAUUUUCUGGGUCACUGUGCAGCCGGGAUGCGCCUAGACUAGUCCGGACCGACGACGCCCCCCAACCUGCGCUUGGGACGAGCACGCUCGGCGCGCAAACAUGAUACCACAUGCCUCUGCUGUGGCUUUGUUCGUCUGCCUCUUGGUCGCCGUCGGGGCAGAGCCACAGCACGAUGACGGCGAAGCAAGAAGAGAAGAAGACGUGACGGUACGGCUGGCGCGCUUCGUCGAAAGCUUAUACGAAGACUUAGAGGAAGCAGCCCAAACAAAUGUCGCCAGGCCUUUCCCAUCACACGAAGCUUUUCACGAGUUUCAUAAUCAGCCAGUUCGACCUUUCCAGCAGGGAAGGCCACCGGGGGGCGGCGGGGCCGCGUCACCUCCGCCGUCAAGGCCCGCACCAGGACAACCCGGUCAGCCUGUGGCUCCUCCUGGACCGACCACGCCUCUGCGGAGGCCACCGGGAACUGCUUUGUUCGGGGAACCGUUCGAACCCCCCAAGGGGCCGCAGAAGCCUCCUUCACCAUCCCGAGGAACAGGCGGGUAUGGAAGGCCUGAGGGACCACUUCUACCACCCAGUAACGUACUCGAGCCAGACAUUGUUGGUCCCGUUCUAGAGUAUGAACCACCUGACCUACCUCAAAGGCCACCAGUAUUCAGCGGCUAUCCUAUCAACACUAUUGACUUGCCACCAGCUCCUCCACGGCAACCACCAAGACCAAGGCCUCCACCACAGCCAGUAGCUCCCUCACCGCCCAAAUUUGUUGGGGUUCUCAUUCCUGCGGAUAAGACACCCCAGUUGCCCCGACCACCGCUUCCCCCAUCAGGACCACCCGCGCCCAGGCCACCUAUUUCAAGACCUCCGGCUCCAAGGCCACCGGCUCCAAGACCACCAGCUCCUAGGCCGCCAGCUCCUAGGCCACCAGCUCCCAGCAUCAGCCGUUUUCCUCCAGCGCCCCCUCCGCCGUUUGCUAGGCCACCAUCAGGCACGGGUGGUAUUUCAUUCGAUGUGCAAACCGGAGUGGCGAAGCCCCGUCCGGGAGAACCGUCGGUAACUCCUGGCCCACCAGGGGAAGGUUUUGGAUAUGGACCACCGAGGCGCCCUCCUCCUUCUCGUCCGGGUCCAGGAGCUGGUAUCGGGCCCUUGCCCCAGCCGCCAAGGUUCCCAGCAGGCCCUCCACCCGCCCCUGCACCUCCAAGACCUCCAUCCUUGCCCCGCCCUCAGGCACCGUCCCCAUACCCUUUACCCAGACCUCCUGGUCCUCUGCCCUCUCCUCCUCGCGGAGUGGCUCUAUUCCCUGAAGGAAGACCCCCGCCUUCACCUCCUCAGCCUCCUAGGCCGGGUGGUUUUCCGAUUCCGGGAGCACCGCGACCCCCAGCGCCUCCUCGACUGCCGGCUCCAUCGCCGCCACCAGGCUUCUUUCAGCCAGGCAUAGGUCCCUCAGCGCCGGGGCCUCCCAGGCCAACGACACCUGGUAUUCCUGCUCCCCCUGGGACAGCCAGACCUCCAUCUCCGCCGCGCGGGCCAGUCACUGGUGGACGAAAGCCUUCUGACAUACCACAUCACAAGUUCCACGAGUUCCUUGUCACAGGACCCAAAGCACCAAGACCAGGAGGUACGCUAUUCCCUGGGGCUGUGGUACCAGGACAGAGGCCGCAAGGACCACAGCCACGACCACCUUCACCAACACCGGGAGGGCCGUUCAUCCCCCCUUCACCGCCAACCUUUCCCAUACCAGCUCCACCAAUACCGGGCGCUCCUCCGCCGGGCCCUCCUCCACCAAGACCUCCUACGCCGGGGCCUGGUCGCCCACUGAGGCCGCCAUCUCCACCAGGUUUCCCCACACCAGCUCCUCCAAGACCAAGUGGUCCUCCACCGGGGCCUGGUCGCCCACCAAGGCCACCGCCUCCUCCGAGCUACCCCAUACCAGCGCCACCAAGACCGAGCGGUCCUCCAGGGGGACCACCUCCACCAGGACCACCUCCACUGGGUCCUCCUCCUCCAGGACCCGGCCGACCAUUGAGGCCGCCGUCCCCACCAGGAUAUCCCUCACCCACACCACCAAGGCCAGGCGGUCCACCAUCGGGGCCUGGCCGUCCACCACGGCCACCUCCAAGCUAUCCAGCACCAGCACCACCAAGACCAGGUGGUCCUCCUUUUGGGCCACCACCACAAGGUCCUCCGCCACCAGGGCCCGGUCGUCCUCUGAGGCCUCCAUCACCGCCAAGUUUCCCAAUACCAGCUCCACCCAGACCAGGAGCUCCACCGCCAGGGCCCGGCCGCCCAUCAAGGCCGCCGGCACCACCUGGAUUUCCUGCCCCACCACCGCCGCCGAGGGGACCACCACCUCGGCAACCUCCUCCUGUUGGUCCACCACCCUCCCCUCCUGAAUUUCCGGAAACCCCCGGUUACCCCUCAAGACCAGCGAGACCGCGUCCUAGGCCACCGCCGGGAGUAGCACUUUAUCCAGAGGGAAGGCUGCCUGAAAGGCCGCCACCAGGUCCCGGAAGGUUCCCUUCUCCACCAGCGCCUGGUAGGAGGCCACCGCCAGCGGGACCAGGAGCAUUUCCCACACCACCUCCCGGUAUAUCUCCAUUUCCCGGAGGCGUGCCGAGGCCUACACCAAGGCCAGGGCCAUCGCCAGCUCCCCCAAGGCCUCCUCCUUUCCCACAACCGGGGCCAGAACCAUUUCCCGCUAUCCCAAGCGGCCCUCCAAGGCCACCUACUCCAAGACCUGCAGUACGACCACCGCAGCCACCUCGACCAGCAGGACCCCCGACAUUUCAACCUGGACCGUUUCCAGGACCACCAGGAGACGAGGAUGAGUUUCCAGAAACUCCUGGCUAUCCCUCAAAACCAUCCAGGAAACGACCACCUCCUCCCCCAUCAAGGGGGACGGCCAUAUUUGGCGAGCCUGGUGUACCAACUCCCCCACGGAGACCACCACCUCCGCCUUCUCCGAGACCUCCCUCACCUCCACUGGGACCAAUAACACCAAGACCAACGCCUCCAGGUCCAGGGCUACCACAGCCAUCACCACGACCAGUGCCAGGACCUUUCCCUCCACGACCACAGCCUGGCCCACCUGGCAUUCCUGGAAUUCCUCCCCAGAUACCGAGACCGCCUUCACCACCGCAGGUACCUAGACCACCAGUGUCACGUCCACCAGGGCCUGCACAGCCUGGUGGAAGACCAAAGCCUUCUGUUCAUGACAUUCCACAUCACAAGUUCCAUGAAUUCUUGGCUCAGCCUGUGAAACCUGGUACUGGAGGAGGGCAGGUUCCUGGUAUUGGUGGUUACCCUUCACGGCCACCGAGGCCUCGACCCCCACCUCCAUCGGCAGGAGCCGCUGUGUUUCCGCAAGGGCCGCCACCUAGACCUUCGCCUCCACCGCCACCGUUCCGGCCUCAAGGACCUCCACCUCCACAAGUCCCAUCACCCCCGAGACUUCCAGGACCACCUGCUCCGCAACCAUCACCUCCUCCACCACUAAGACCUUCACAGCCACAAUUCCCUCCUGGUCCACAAGGCCGACCUCCUGGACCUGGAUCUCGGCCCCCACCUACGAGACCACCAACACCACUACCGCCACCUCCCCAAAGACCACAACCUGCGUUUCCUGCACCACCAGCACCACAAAGGCCACCACCUGGAAUAGCCCUGUUUCCUGAAGCACCGUCAUAUGGUGGUAGACCUACAAGACCAAGACCUAGGCCAUCACCCCCUGCAGCUGGACCAGCACCACGGCCUCCUCCACCAGUCUCUCCAGCACCACCACCAGUUCCAAGGCCACAGAUACCUGGACCCCAACAACCACCAAGAUUUCCACAACCUGGCCAGCAACCACAACCGUUUCCAAGUCCAAGGCCUCCUCCACCACCUAGACCUUUGGUACCACCGCCGCCGCCUCCUGCACCACGACCACCUCCACAACCUCAACCCACUCCUGGUCCGCGGCCUGGCCCCACUCCACCAGGAUCGAGACCAUAUCCUGGCCCUCCUCCUAUACGACCAACCCCUACACCACAACCACCCAGGCCUUAUCCUGGUCCUUCUCCUGUGCAACCAUUUCCAGGACCACCGCCCCCAGUAGGACCAACCCCAGGACCCCCCUUCGUGCCACGACCACCACCAGGUCCAAGGCCCAUUCCUUCCCCAACUCCUGUACCAUCACCAAGGCCACCUCCAACUCCGACCUUCCCAAGGCCUCAAGUUCCGACUGGACCCGGGCGAGGCCCACCACUGGUGACACCACCGCCUCCUGGGCCAGGUACCGGGGACUUCCCUGAGGCGCCUGGUUAUGGAGCAAGACGCCCACGUCCAAGGCCACCUCCAGGGAGAGUUUUGUAUCCUGAAGGCGUAACCCCCUCUCGACCACCUCCGGGUCCAGGUCGCCGCCCAACACCUCCAUCACCUGGCCCACAGCCUAGACCACCAGGGCCCACUGGUCCAACACCAUAUCCGAUACCAGGGCCUCCUCCAAGACCCCCAGCACCUCCGCGACCUCCAGUUGCUCCACCCCCUCCGAGACCUGGCACUCCAUCUGCACCAGCUUUCCCGCCACCAACUCCAGGGCAAUUCCCUCAGCCAAGCCCACCAUCACCACCAGGUCCAUCGCGUCCAGCUCAACCAGGACGACCAGCAGGGCAGAGGCCUUCUGUAUUUGAUAUACCCCAUUCAAAAUUUCAUGAAUUUCAUCAGCAACCUGUCAGACCACAAGUAGGAGGUAGGCCCCGCCCAACUCCUGGUGUUGCUUUAUAUCCUGAGCCUGGUCCAGCAAGGCCGACAGGACCACCGCGAGUCCCAUCGCCACCAAUGCCCACACAGCCCUUCCCAUCUCCAAGGCCUCCAGGACCCCCAGCACCACCAAGACCUACACCCAGACCCCCAGCAUAUGUUCCUCCAGCUCAACCACGUCCUCCUCAACUCCCACGACCUCCUGGCCCUGUUCCUACACCCCCUGGUCCAGUACCAAGACCACCAUCAUCACCACGCCCAUCUCCACCAACAAGGCCUCCUUCACCCAGGCCACCAGCAUAUUUACCACCUCAACAACCUCCAUCACCAGUGUCCCCUGCACCACAGCCACCUCCGCCGCCCCGGCCAGUACCAGUACCGAGCCCUCCAUCACCUCUACCUCCUGCACCACGGCCACCUCCACCUCCUCGACCAGUGCCAGUACCAAGACCCCCAUCACCCCUGCCCCCUGGACCACGUCCACCUCAGCCACCUCGACCAACGCCACCACCAAGACCUCCAUCACCUCUGCCCCCUGCACCACGGCCACCUCCACCACCCCGACCAGUACCAACACCUAGGCCACCAGCUUAUAUACCACCUGGACCAACCAGCCCAAGGCCACAACAGCCAACUCCCAGGCCACCUCCAGGACCUUCUCGAUUUCCAGUUCCUCCUCCUACGCCAUCACCUCCAAGGCCUCAAGUUCCCUCAUUCCCACCAUCUCCAGGAUUCGUUACACCACCCCCAUACAGGCCAUCCCGUCCAGUGUCACCACAAAUACCACAAGGACCCGGAGGCACAGGUAUCACACCGAGUUUUCCAGCACCACCACCGACCAUACCGCGACCUAGUCCAAGACCACCGCAGCCAUCACCGCCACCUCGACCGCCAGUAACGCCGAGCACUCCAGGUCCCUCACCUCCGGCUCCACCAUCAGGCUUUCCCGACAGUCCUGGAUAUGGUAGCAAGCGCCCUACAAGACCCAGGCCACCAGCAACAGGCGGACGGCCACUACCACCUGGACCACUUCCUCCUGUUCCACCUCCCCUUCCGAAUGUCCCUGAACCAACACGGCCAGAAAUACCACAGCCUGUACCACAACCAUUCCCUGAACCACCAGGAUACGGACAGGGUAGACCAAGACCACCGCCCAGGCCUCAACCUCGACCUCAAGUUCCUGGUCCAGCACCACCUGUUAGACCGCAGAGACCAACUGACGUCAGGCCUCAAGUACCACCAAGAAGGCCACCUGGAACAGCCCUAUUCGGUGAACCUGGAGAGCCAUCACCUAGGCCACCAAGACCGAGACCUGGGCCAGGUCCUGGUCCACAGCCCCCUGCACCAGAACCUUUCCCAGACCAACCAGGCUAUGGUUCGAAACGCCCCAGGCCUGGAACUACGCCGUCUGGUCCAGGCCAACGACCCGGAGGUGUCCUUUUUCCUGACACCCAGACUACUUCGAGGCCUUCGGUCCCUGGAGGCAGGCCUGGCGACACAGGAGAGGGAAAGCAACCUAUACGCUUCCCUUCUCAUAAAGCGUUUCACGAAUUCCACAACGCCCCCAUCAGAAUUCGAAAUAACAUAGGUUGAAACGAAGACAGAGUGUUGUACACUCCAUGUCAGCACUGCUCCUGAUUGCACUAUGUAUGCAUAGUACAUCCACAAUGUUUGGAGAACUGACUUACAGGAAAAAAAUUGCAACUACCAACGGUUGCUGUAAGCAGUUCAGCAUUAUAAAACAAGAGCAUGAUGGAAAAUCACAUCUAUCACUUAUGGAAAGAAUGCCGCGCCAUCGGCGAGACCAAAUCAAACAUGUAAGAGCACUGAAGGAAAUGUCCUGUAUCAUUCCUGCUGCUGGAGGAGCCUGAUGUUUACAUGCCAUUGUAUAUUUUUGUUAAUAACUCUGUCAUUGUUUGUGAGUGAGACAUUUGCGGUUGUAUUUUUUCCUUGUUGCUAUAUUUAAGUUUCUUUAAUAAAGACAUACAACAGCAGGCA